GUGUUGCUGAACACUGCUGAGGCCACUUUUUCAUGGAAUCUAUCCUAAAUUCAACUCUUAACUCCGAGAACAUUUUUUCUCUAUAUAUCACUGACCAUACUUAGGGUUCUUGUGGGGUUUUUUUUUGUUUGUUUUUUUGUGUGCAUCAUUUGUAAAACUGUGUGGCUUCUUCAGGGAAUUAUAAAAUGCAAAUAUGACAUUCUACUGCUACUACCGUUUUGAGGCACUUUAUCCAAUUUAAAAAUCUGCUUGGAAGGAGUGUGGGGGGGAAGAAUUGGUUGAAAAAAAUAACCCAAGGAUUUGUAACCAAUUUUAAGGAGGCAAGCUUAAAUAAACAAUGUUACCAUCUUAAAAUUUCUGUUUUCCGGAAUCAUGGCAGCUAAUGAACAGAAGAUUGUACUACAAAACAACAUUUCUGAAACUGAAAGUCAAGCAAUGUCUACCAAUUUAAAAUACCUUUCCUUGGGGAUCUUGGUCUUUCAGACCACUAGUUUAGUUUUGACUAUGCGAUAUUCUCGGACAUUGAAAGAGGAAGGACCUCGUUACUUAUCCUCUACUGCAGUAGUUGUUGCUGAAUUUUUGAAGAUUAUGGCCUGCAUUUUAUUGGUCUACAAAGACAGCAAGUGUAAUUUACGGGCUCUGAACAGAGUGCUACAUGAUGAAAUCCUUAACAAGCCUAUGGAAACACUUAAACUUGCUAUUCCAUCAGGGAUUUAUACUCUCCAGAAUAACUUGCUGUAUGUAGCACUGUCAAAUCUAGAUGCAGCCACUUAUCAGGUCACAUAUCAAUUAAAAAUUCUUACUACAGCAUUAUUUUCUGUGUCCAUGCUAAGUAAGAAAUUAGGUGUAUACCAAUGGUUAUCAUUAGUGAUUUUGAUGACGGGAGUUGCAUUUGUACAGUGGCCCUCAGAUUCUCAAGCAACAACUACUAAAGAGUUGUCAGCAGGAUCUCAAUUUGUUGGUCUUAUAGCAGUCCUUAUAGCCUGCUUUUCAAGUGGAUUUGCUGGGGUUUAUUUUGAGAAAAUUUUAAAAGAAACCAAACAGUCUGUCUGGAUCAGAAACAUCCAACUUGGAUUUUUUGGUAGCAUAUUUGGAUUGAUGGGUGUGUACAUAUAUGAUGGAGAACUCCUGUCAAAGAAUGGAUUUUUUCAAGGAUAUAACAAACUUACCUGGAUAGUUGUAGUUCUACAGGCACUGGGGGGCCUUGUGAUUGCUGCUGUUAUAAAAUAUGCAGACAAUAUUUUGAAAGGAUUUGCAACAUCUUUGUCAAUUAUAUUGUCAACAUUGAUCUCCUAUUUCUGGCUGCAAGAUUUUGUCCCAACCAGUGUCUUUUUCUUUGGAGCCAUUCUUGUGAUAGCAGCUACAUUCCUAUAUGGUUAUGAUCCAAAACCUGCAGGCAAUCCUAUCAAGGCAUAGCAGAUUUCGUUAUCAGCCUGUUUCUCAAGACUGUGCAUUAGGGACCUCAACAAGAAUUCCUUAUGAAAGAUUUCAUCAUGCACUGGAAGGAACGGAUCACUACACUGAAUCUGAGCAAGAACAUGUUAAUGGUUUUGGAGAACCAAAGGGUUAAAGACAGAAAAUAAUGUAUGUAAAGCUGAUUGGAAAAAAAAAAAGGCGGGGGGGGGGGAAGCCUAGUGCAAGUUGCUUAUAAAAACUUGAAAGGAACAAAAUGUUUCCAAGUAACUACAAUUAGGAAUGUUUACAGCUUGAACGUGAGGUUAUAUUAGAUGAUUUUACUGUUUUGAUUGCUGCAGAAAUAUAUCCUAUGCACUCUUUGCAAGAGCACAUGACAAUAUUUGUCAGACUGUAUCUGUUUUUGCAAAUUGAUUAUAUUUAAUGUUAGUAAAUGUGUUUUUAACUGUUUGUCUAUAGAGAUCAAAUUGAAUAUAAUGGUUUUGAUUAGGGGGUCCUUAUUAAAGCUGUGAAGACUGUGAUUGAAAGACAUUUUCACACAUAUCCAAGAUUUUUAUAUUUAUGGAAGGCUGAUUUUAAUAAACAGAAAUCUGAA